AUUUGACAGCUAGGAGUUCCUCUUGAAUCUCGUGUUGUUUCAUUCGAACUUUUUUAUAAAAAAAUAAAAUGUUUGGUGGAGGACGUGCCCCUAUUUUGGUGUUAAGUCAAAAUACCAAACGAGAAUCCGGCCGAAAAGUUCAGCUGGAAAACAUCAAUGCCGGAAAGCAAAUCGCGGAUGUGAUAAGGACAUGCCUUGGUCCUCAAGCUAUGUUAAAAAUGCUUAUGGAUCCAAUGGGAGGUAUUGUGAUGACUAAUGAUGGCAAUGCUAUUUUACGUGAAAUUACAGUACAACAUCCAGCUGCUAAGAGUAUGAUUGAAAUUGCAAGAACACAAGAUGAAGAAGUUGGAGAUGGUACUACCUCAGUAAUUGUCUUAGCAGGAGAAAUGUUAGUGGCAGCUGAACAGUUUUUGGAACAACAUAUUCACCCAACAAUCAUAAUUCGUCAGUACAGACAAGCACUUGAAGAUAUGAUCCAGUUAUUGGAAGGUCCAUUGAGUAUUCCAGUCGAUAGAAAUGAUAAAAAUGCUCUUGCACAAGUUGUUAAAGGCUGCAUUGGUACAAAAUUCAUAAGUAAAUGGUCAGAUUUGGCAGUAAAUAUUGCUUUAGAUGCAGUAAACACAGUAUUAUUAGAAGAAAAUGGCAGAACUGAAGUUGAUAUUAAGAGGUAUGCCAAAGUUGAGAAGAUUCCUGGGGGAUCUAUUGAAGAGUCUAAAAUUUUAAAAGGUGUUAUGCUUAAUAAAGAUGUAACACAUCCCAAAAUGAAAAGAUAUAUACAGAAUCCGAGAAUAAUACUUUUGGAUUGUGCAUUAGAAUAUAAAAAGGGGGAAUCUCAGACAAAUGUAGAAAUCACGGCAGAAACAGACUUCACCAAACUAUUAGAACUGGAAGAGGAGCACGUUAAGCGUCAAUGUGAUGACAUUAUCGCACUCAAACCCGACGUGGUCUUCACAGAAAAAGGAGUAUCCGAUUUGGCGCAACACUUUUUACUGAAAGCCGGUAUUACCGCUAUUAGACGUGUACGAAAAUCUGAUAAUAACAGAAUUGCCAGAGCCUGCGGAGCCACGAUUGUUAACAGAACUGAAGAGUUACAAGAAAGCGAUGUUGGUUUAGGAGCUGGACUCUUCGAAAUCAAGAAAAUUGGGGAUGAGUAUUUCUGCUUUGUGGUUGAAUGCAAAAAUCCAAAGGCAUGUACAAUUUUACUCAGAGGUGCCAGUAAAGACAUUCUCAACGAAACUGAAAGGAAUCUACAAGACGCUCUACAAGUCGCCAGAAAUAUUGUCCUAUCUCCCCGUUUAGUGCCCGGAGGUGGCGCCAUAGAAAUGGCCGUAGCUCAACGUUUGAUGCAGAAGGCUACGCACGGACCUUAUAGAGCUCUUGCACACGCUUUAGAAAUUAUUCCAAAAACUCUUACUCAGAACUGCGGAGCUAACACUAUCAGAACGUUAACUGCUUUAAGGGCGAAACACGCCAACCACACAGACGUUAACAAACCAUGCCUUUGGGGUAUCGAUGGCGAAACUGGAGAACUCGUGGAGAUGGACAAGAAAGAAUUGUGGGAGCCUCUAGCUGUCAAACUACAAACAUACAAAACCGCCAUAGAAACUGCCAUUCUCUUACUUCGCAUCGACGACAUCGUAUCUGGCUCCAAAAAGAAGGGGGGCAACGAACCACCGACUCCUAGCCAAAUGCAACAGCAAGAAGCUAGAGGAGAAGCUGAAUAAACUAAUUCUGUAACCAUUCACUAAAUUAAUAACUCUGUCUUUGCAAGAUAUCUAUAAACAUAAUAAUGCUUCGCCAUUGCUGGAACUCUUCGAUGUCUGCAUCGCUUUUACGCAGUAUAUUGUGUAUUAAAUAUAUAAAACAUUUGUUUUCCAGUGGGUUAGGCACACAUAAAGACGAUUUUCAAGGUUUAUGCACUAACGUGAAGCAAAAAAUGUUAGUUUAUGUCCAGUUUAAGUAACUUCUGGGGAAGAUUUGAGAU